AUGCGGCGAAUAUAUCUUCUUAUUUUGACGUUCGUCGAGCACGCUUUUGGACAAGCUCUGCUAUCCAUACUUCAAAGCACGCCUGGCACGCUCAGUACCCUGAAUUCUCUGAUCAACUCUUCCACGACGGCGAAGAAUCUACUGUCAACAGCGAACAAUUUUACUUUCCUAGCACCAUCGAAUGAUGCAUUUAAGAAGUGGCUCGCUGACCAAGGUCCAACAUCUCCAAGCCAAGAUCUGAUAGAUGCGACUUUGAGCUAUCACCUUGUCAAUGGAGGCUUUCCCACUGUCUUGUUUUCAUCGAAGCCCCAGUUUGUCUCUACCAAGCUGAGCAGUGCUGCAUUUACAAAUGUCACCAACGGCCAGGUCGUGGAAUUGUUCCAAAAUGGGAAAGAAUCUGAAUUCCUAUCGGGAUCGAAAACGUUAUCAACAAUAACUUCAGCGGAUAUCGUAUGCACUGGAGGUCUAAUUCAUGUCAUCGACACUGUCUUGGAUGUCCCACAAGGACUAGUGACGGUCAUAACUCAGUCUAAUCUAACUUUCUUCAUUGGAGGAUUUCUCAACGUUGCUGAUCAGCCACUUGUCCUUCCCGUCCUCAAUGGCCCCGGUGUGACUAUCUUCGCACCGAACACCGCGUCCGCUCUCUCCAAAUUUACCUCCCUCACUGCCAAUGCCACACAAUCCGAGCUCGGCGAUGUGUUUAAUUACCACGUCGUUCCGAAUUUUUCUGGUUACAGUUCAAAUCUCAGGAAUGGCCUGGUAUUGAAGACGAUGCAGGGAGACAACCUGACGAUUACCAUACAAGGAAAUGAUACCUUUGUCAACCAAGCAAAGAUCAUCAGCACUGAUUUCCUAAUCGCGAAUGGUGUGUUGCAUACAAUUGAUAGGUAUGUUGGGAAAGAAUAG